AAAUUGGAAACAUCGUCAUAGCGGUAACGCCUCACCGCACCCACCCCCAUGUCUAACCGCACGAAACGCAAGUUCGACAUCGACCCUACUGCUUCCGAUCCGGAGGACGACGACUACGACGACGUCGAACGCGCGCCACCACAACGUCGCCGCGCCAACCGAACGCCGGGAGCAAAGAAGAAAGGCAACAAGCGCCAGCGUCGCGUCUACAACGGCUCUGAAGUCGACGACGACGACGACGAUAUCAUCGAAGACGACUCCUUCACCGACCGCUCAGAUUCUGAAGAGCCUGAGGUCAACCCUGCAACAGGCCGCAGCGUGCGCCGCGCGACCAAGAAGCAAGUCACGUACGAAGAGAGCGACGAAGACGAGAUAGAAGACACGCCUUCGGAGAGCGAGGACGAUAGGCCUCGAACUACAGGGCGGCGACGUGUAGCUAAGCCGUCGAUCGAAGAGGUCGAGAAGCCAUCGCUCAUCGUCAAGCUCAAGAUGCCUGAACACGCUUUUGGUCGCAACUUGCGCACACGCACAGGUAGUAAGUCUACCGCUCCUGCACGUGGGAGGACACCAGAAGUUGGUAUCACACGGCGUAGUAGCCGUCUCUCGCACGAUGUAGAAGCGCCUAUUGUGGCUCUUUCAGAUUCCGGCAGACACGUCAAUGUUGUUCGAGAAGGCACGCGAACACCCGAGCCAUUUGUUGCCCGUGCUACUAGAGGUGGCAAGGGCCCCAGAGUGCAGGCACCAAGCACCAUCGAAGAAGCCUCCCAGGAAGUUUCAAUGAUCCGCGACGAAGGUGAAGAGGAUAGUCCAGGCCCACUCGACAAGCUCCUUGUAGACGCCCAGAUGCAAGUGGAAUCCAGCGCGCGGGGAUCACCGGAACAAGAAGUCCGAGGGGCUAAAGGAGAGCAUGAUGAUGAGGAAGGCAUGGAGGAUGUGAUCCAGGAGUCACAACACGACCGCGCUGCUGAAGAUUCUGACGAGGAAGAAGGCCCCAUUACACGUGGUGGUCGCAACCUGCGAUCACGAGCGACUUCGCAAAGGCGCAAAAGGGGUGCAGACGAGAGUAGUGAUUUCGAGCCCGGCGACGUGGAUGCCGAAGGAGAGGAAGAAGAGAUGUCAGACUCCGACAACGGCAAGGGCAAGAGCACAGCUUCUGAUAGUGCCUCAGGCUCUGCGCGCAAGCCUAGGGGUCGGACGCGACAGUCCCAACGAAGCAGGCGCAACUCAUCUGACGAAGAGUCUGCGCUAGACGACGAAGAGCUACAAGAUGAGCUGCAGGAGCUGAGCUCAAACAAGCGCCGCCGCCUAAGCAGGCGCAUUCCGGACAAGGAUUUAUCGUACGACACUGGUCCGAGGAGGCGAGAACGCAGAACUGUCGACUACAGGGUCGUUCGUCCUGAGCUUAACGCGGUUUUCGAGAACGACGAUGACGACGGGCCGGCACCUUCAAUAAACAAAUCGCGUUCCAAGGCUGGUGGUGGAGGAUACGGUACAUUGUUCAGCAAUCAGGGUCCGUUUGGUGGAGGUCAGGUUGGCUUCGGACAAGACGAUGACUCCGAUAGUAGUGAUGACGAGGUUCAAAAGAUGCCCAGACACUUCGGUAGCAUAGUUGGCAUGACGCCCACAGCAGCGACAGCACCCGGUUUUGGUGCAUUCCCACAGGCUCACAACAACUCGGCACAGCAAGAGAAGGGCUCUGGCGGUGGACCUGCAAAUUUCGGCAAGAUCAAGGACAAGAAGGCUCUGGCUGAUGCCGAUCCACUUGGAGUUGAUCCCAACGUCAAUUUCGACGGCGUUGGUGGCUUGGACGAUCACAUCAACAAGCUCAAGGAGAUGAUCAUGCUUCCACUACUCUACCCAGAGGUCUUCCAACGCUUCAAGAUCACUCCACCUCGAGGCGUGCUGUUCCAUGGACCUCCUGGUACUGGUAAAACACUGCUUGCUCGUGCGUUGGCCUCCAGUGUCAGUUCGCAUGGCCAGAAAGUCACCUUCUACAUGCGCAAGGGAGCCGACGCUCUCAGCAAAUGGGUUGGUGAAGCUGAGAAGCAGCUCCGAACCCUUUUUGAAGAGGCACGCAAGACGCAACCCAGUAUCAUCUUCUUUGAUGAGAUUGAUGGUUUGGCUCCUGUCCGAUCCAGUAAGCAGGAGCAGAUUCACGCCUCCAUUGUCGCGACACUUCUUGCGCUUAUGGACGGUAUGGAUGGUCGUGGACAGGUUGUUGUCAUAGGCGCAACCAAUCGUCCUGACUCGGUUGACAAUGCUCUGCGACGCCCUGGUCGAUUUGAUCGCGAGUUCUACUUCCCGCUACCCAACGUUGUAGGACGACGUGCUAUCCUUGACAUCCACACCAAGAACUGGGAUCCUCCACUUGAACCUAAGAUGAAGGAUCAACUUGCAGAGCUGACAAAGGGUUACGGUGGUGCAGAUCUCCGUGCUUUAUGUACAGAAGCUGCUUUGAACGCGGUGCAAGGCACUUACCCACAGAUCUACCAAUCUGAGAAGAAGCUGCUCAUUCAUCCUAGCGAGAUCAAGGUACUCGCCAAGGAUUUCAUGGUGUCAGUGAACAAGAUGGUACCUUCGUCACAGAGGACAGCCAUAGCUGCUGCCAAUCCGCUACCCAAAAGCAUAGAACCUCUACUGCGGAGGCCACUGGCCGGCAUCCUCAAGCGUAUUGAUGAGCUCAUUCCCCGGAGGAAGCCGCUCACUGCGCUUGAGGAGGCAGAGUACGACGAUCGUGAGGACGAGAAGGGUUUCGAACGCGAAACGACAAUGCGUAAUUUCGAGAGCAGCAGGAUCUUCAGGCCUCGUCUCCUCAUCACCGGUUUGCAGGGCAUGGGUCAGCAAUACUUGGGAGCUGCAUUGCUCAGCAAGAUUGAGGGCCUUCACGUUCAGUCCUUCGAUCUUCCAACCAUCCUGGAGGACUCGGCGCGAUCGCCAGAAGCUGCCAUUACCCAGCUGUUCACCGAAGUACGACGUCACAAGCCUAGUGUGAUCUACAUCCCAGCUGUGGACGUAUGGUAUAAUACACUGCCUCCAGCAGCCACGAAGACCUUCAAGUUGCUUCUGCGCAGCAUUGGUGCCAACGAGCCUAUCAUGCUCUUGGGUGUCAUGGAGCUUGAGAACGUAGAAGCCAAACCUGAUCGGCAAAUGCUGGUCGAUCUCUUCGGCUUCUCUCUCAGCAAUCAAUUUGAGCUGCACCGUCCGGAUCAAGAAGGUCGCGCUGAGUUCUUCAACUCUAUCAGUCAGUACAUUCGCAUGUCGCCUGCUGAUUUCCCGGAUCUUGACAACAGGAAGAAGCGCGUCCUUCCUGUCCUUGAACCUGCGCCUAUUAUUGAGCCAGUUUUGGAUACAAAAGAAAUCGCCGCCCGGGAGAAGGCGCAAAGGAAGCAAGACCAACUGACGCUCAACAAGUUGAAGAGCCUCAUCCAACCAAUUAUGGACAACUUGAAGAAGAAGCACAGAAGAUUCUUCAAGCCGGUUCUGGAUCCAAGCUGGUACGCAUAUCUUAUUGACGAGCAGAAUCCAAAUCGUGUCACGAGCGAUUUGGAUCGAGAACAGCAAGAGGCGGAAGGCAUGACUCGGCCUUGGGAGAUGUCAACAGACAACAAGGGCGUAGGCGUGUUGCUGCACGUCGAGAGCGGGAACAAGUACUACAAUCUUGACCUGUCACAGAUCGAGCAGCGUCUUUCGAACGGAUACUACAAACGCCCGAAAGACUUCUUGUUCGACGUCAAGACCCUUGCCAAAGACUCCAAAACAUACCAAGAUGCAGAGCGAACACUCAAGGCCAACGAAAUGAUUGCAAACGUGGAGGUGGACGUUGACUCCUGGUUCACCGGCAAUGAUGCUCAAUAUCUUUGGUUGACAAAGGAGUGUGACGCGUUGUACGAACGUGAGCUGCAACGUGCGAAGAAGGCGCAGGAGAAGCGCAAGAAAGCGAUCGCAGAGGGCGAGCAAGUGCCUCCCGAGGUUGCGCCAGUGCCGCCUGAGCAGUCGCUCGGAACGACUGAGGCCUCGGGUCCCAUUGUGUUGGGCGAGCCCAUACCUCGAUUUCCCCCUGUCACGCCUUUACGUGCACCUCACGAUGCAUCGCUAUCGAACGGUACGAGUGCGGGAGACAGUGGGGAGCAUUCGCACCAGAACGGAUCGACGGUGCCUUCCCGUGUGGCAGACGAGGACUCACUUAUGCCGGACAGUCAGCAAGACGUCACUGCCAGUACACAGGCCGAUCUUCAAUUCCAAACGCCUAGUAGACCCAAUACGCAGAUGACACAAAAGUCGCAGGUUUCAGCUCGCACAUUCGUCAACCCGAAUAUGCUUCCUCACGACUACCACAACAGUGCCAGUACCACAACAUCCGGCAACCAGACCUCAAAGCGUUCUUCAGACAACAAGUUUGGUACCCAGAGUAGCAACGGAGUCAGCCAUGUUGGCUUGCCAGAGUUCAUUGCCCCAGCCGGCGGGUCGCAGCUUCCAGACACACAAGGUGCGCUAGAGUCCUUCUACCGUCGGUUUGAACUCGACCCUCCUCUUUCCCCCGAAUACUCAGCUAACUCGAGUUUCGAUGCAGAACAGCAAUUCCUCAGCCAACACUCCGGAUCACCGCCAUCACAAACUUCCCAGCCUUCCCAAUCAUCUCAAAUGCCUGCGCCCGCUCCGCCGGCCCACAAAUCGAACAUCGCCGACAUCCUCGCUGAGCCACAACCGGAGCCUCAGCUUAUCCUCGAAGAGUCAUCCCUCAGUCAACUCCACAGCAAGCUCGUUACUGCAUCAUCAGGCUGCUCGCUCGAGCAACUCGAGCAAGUCAACGCUGCGCUCAUGGACACCAUUUGGCAGCACCGCCGAGAGUACAAUCGCAACAAGGUCAUCAAUGCUGUUGCGGAUGCGUUCAAUGUCAUCAUUGAGGACAUUGACACCAUGCAGAAGAUCCUCAAUCAGAGUCAGGAGGAAGAAGUUGAGCAGCAGCAGAUCCAGUACGAGUUUGACGCGAGUCAGGCUGGGGCUUAUACGCAAGUGCCGAGGAGCGAUUAUUACAGCCGGACGCAGAUGGCUACGCAGAUAUGA